AUGGGAUAUGAAGUGGACACCAACAUUCUGGAAACUUAUGCCAAGAGACUUCUAGAUGGCCCACCAGAACCUACUGAGAAGUUCUUUGGCACUGUUGAAACCAUAGAGAAAGAUUUCAAUGAUGUUGCUGCAAGCAUAAAAGAAAAAAAAUCUGACCAGCAACCGGUAACACAUGUUUCCCUUGUUGUUACCUCAUCUAAGACUGAUAGUGACAAAGAUGCAGAGUUUAAAAGGGUGGGUAGGAAGAAGAGAAAAUCUCCAUCGACACCUGCUCUUGUUCCGUCACCAAAGAAGACAAGGACACUUAGGAAGAAAGAACACGCUAUGAAAGAGCCUAGCGGUCCAAAAAAGAAGAUUGCACAGAAGGAAUUGACACCAAAGAUAUCUGAUACACUUUUCCUGACAAAGCUCGUUAAUAAAUUAACUCAGGAUGCCAAGUCUAUUCAAGAAAUAGAUGAAUUGAUAGCAGAGGCUAACAUAACUAUUUUUAUAAGUGGUCACCGGAAAAUGAUUGCACUGGAGUGCAAGGUAGAUCAUAUUAUUGGCUCGAUAGUUAAAUUGGACACAUUGUCCAAAUUUAUUUCUGCUAACAUGCAGUCAUUAGACAAAAUAAAUAAGAAGACUAUUCAAGAAAAAAUUGAUAAAGAAAAGGAGGUAUUCUUUAGAAAAAUAAUAAAGGAAUGUACACAGCAGAUUGAUACACUGCUACCAGCAUUGAACUCUACCAUUUUGGAGUAUAAGGAAUUAUACCGAGAAGCUUGUAAAUCACAUCAACUAACAGAAGAUAUUGAUGAUCAGAUCAGAAAAAAUCAAAAGGAAAUUGAUGAUAUUGCGGAUAAUAUAAUUGGUCCUUCUGAACUAACAUCAGUCAUAGAACAUGAGAUGGCUACACAUGAGAAGAAGAUUGAAAAUCUUGAAAAAGAAAAGGCAAGACUAAAAAUGAAAGCAAGGGAGUUGAAGAAUAAGCUUGGUCCAAGAUUGGACAAUCUAAUCACUCACCAGAAUGCACUAUCAAAGGCUAAAAUUCAAGGAGAUAGAACAUUGGAACAUAAAAUGCACUAUCUUACUGGAAUGAUCAGGCAAAUAGAAACAAUAAUUACCGACAAUACGAAGUUCAUGCAGGGUCUGAACUUAGUUCUUGCAGAUAUUUUUCAAAUUGUACACAAUAGACUUCAGGGAUCUAAGUAA